UGAAGUUUCAAAAUUAUAUUGACAUACUAAUCCCUGAAGUUUCAAAAUUAUAUAAAAAAUGCAUCUAGGUGAAAGUAUGAGAUUACAAUCCAAGUCUAAUUCAAUUUACCAAAGCUAUAUAUUAAUGAUAACUACAAAUAUUACAUUUUCAUGUUUGUGAGGGAGAAAAACCUUCAAGAUGUUUCCUUUAAUCAUUUUCAUGUUCUUGGCUCCCUUCCAAUUCCAAUCUGAAAUUCUAGUAGAUGGAUGUGCUGGCAAGAGUAUAUUCAUACUUGCCAGCCAGAGCAAUAUGGCUGGUCGAGGUGGUGUGGCGAAUGGGACAUGGGAUGGUUAUGUCCCUGCUGAAUGCCGUCCUGAGCCAAGGAUUCUACGACUUAACCCUAUGUUGAGGUGGGAGGAGGCACAUGAACCUCUUCAUGAAGGCAUUGACCCACUUAAUAAAACUUGUGGGGUGGGACCGGGGAUUCCAUUCGCUAACCGAGUGCUUGAAAGAGAUCCUUGCAUCGGGGUGAUUGGUUUGGUCCCUUGUGCUAUCGGUGGUACCAGUAUAACCGAGUGGAAACGGGGCUCCCAUCAUUAUAAUAAACUCUUGAAGAGGGCUAAUGUGGCGCUGCAAGAUGGAGGCCAAAUUCGGGCUAUACUAUGGUAUCAAGGUGAAAGUGAUUCUUUAGAUAUAAUCAGUGCUAGAAUGUACAAGGCGAGAUUGAUAGAAUUUUUCAUCCGGGGAGAUUUAGCUUCCCGAGCACUCCCAAUUCUUCGGGUUUUUGGUUACUUUACGAGUUUUCUGUAAGAUUUAAGCCCGAUGCAUCCUUGAACAAUAACACUUUUAGGAGUAGGUGAACAGACCGCAAACAAUGUUAAGCCACCCAAAAAGUGAACUGAACAAAAAAUCCUACUUCAUCUCAGCCAAGGAUAGUAACUAUGGCUGUUGAUUGGAUGUGUAAGGUGAACUGAUAUUCUUUAGAUUUGAAUGUAUUUUUUUUCUUGGGCUGAAGUGGAAAGGUGUAGUUUAUCAUUUUUCAUCACCUCCAGUCCCCUUGCAUCGAUGCAUACUACAUUGUGAAGUUUGAUCUCUAGUUGGGCCUUUCUUACAACCUCGAAAUACGGUCCCGCUACUGAAGCCAAUGCCAC